CUCAGUUCUCAGAGUGUCAAAGAUCUUUCCUGCUCUCCAAGAUUUCACUUUCAAGAAAAACGUUCACGAAAGCAAAAAAAAAAAUUCCUUAAAUUCAUCAAAACCCAGUUUAAAACUAAGCUUUGUUCAUUGUUUUUCGUUCGUUUUUGUUCUCUCUUUUUGAGCUUGUUUGUUUUGGUUAGCCCCUGUUAUUGUUUCUGGAGAUUUCUGGGGUUUUCUCGUUUGAAAUUUUUGGGAAAUUUUGGUAUGGGUUUUAAGGAUAAUCAAAACCCAGAGAUGGGUUCGUCUUUGUUUCCGGUUUCUUCACGUAAAAGGAAGAGACGGGACGGGUUAUCAGUGGCGGAUACUUUGAAGUUAUGGAGUGAGAACUCGGAGGCCAAACAAUCACGUAAAGCGCCGGCGAAGGGUUCCAAGAAAGGGUGCAUGAAGGGUAAAGGCGGGCCGCAGAACCAGAACUGUAACUACAGAGGCGUACGGCAGCGUACAUGGGGUAAGUGGGUAGCGGAAAUCCGCGCUCCGAAUAAAGGGAAACGUCUCUGGCUCGGCACUUUCCCUACUGCCGUCGAAGCUGCUUCGGCUUACGACGAAGCCGCCAAAGCCAUGUACGGUGCCAAAGCGAUCCUUAACAUGCCUCAGGGUUCCGAUUCGGACUCAGUCGCCACUCCUUCACAUGGGUUUUCUCAGGCUACAACUACAACAACGGCCACUUGCGGUGGCUCUGAGUCCGCUAUGGAUGGUCCUGUUGAUUCUGAAGCGCCGUCGACAAGUGGUGCAAUGGAUAUGAAAGGUGAAGGUGGUGAGGUUAAUAGAAGAGGGGAUGAUACAGAUUAUAGCUGGCUUGAAGGAUUGGAAUCGUUGCAGUUCUUCGAUGACAUUCCAAUGGAUUAUGUAGGGAAUAAUAGUGUGUGGGAUAAUUGUGAGCUUUUUGAUAUUGAUGAGUUCCUUGCUUGACUUGUACGUUACAACAUUUUACAUGUUACAGAUUUUGUACCCUUGUUUUUAAGUGAAAUUAUAGUCAGAAAAGAAUGUUUAAAA